AUGUAUUGUGCGGAGCAAGAAAUUGUGAUGAUAGAGAUAUCCAAGCAAUAUGGUGAUAUGUAUCGGUCUCCAUCAAAAUAUGUAUUACAAACAGUGGAAUGUAGUGGGAUAGUGUUGUUUCCACGAAAACUAUAUUACAACAGAUGCGCACAUAACACUACACUAUCUUUAAUCAUUCCGAGUUUUGAGAUGGACAAUCAGUGGUCAUCAUCAGUAGGACAUUUUUCACCCUAA